AUGUCAGCCGCAGGAAAAAUUAUUCAUCGCUAUUUUCAUCAAUUAAUUCAUGGCUGUGGAAAUACUCAAUGCUCAAAUAUGUAUUGUCGAUCAAGUUCAUUAUUUAAAUACAUUAAAACAAUUGCAGACGAUCGAAAUGAAGUAGCUGCUGAAGCUAUUCGACUGAGUUUGGAACAUGUACCAUUAUGUGUUGAUGAAAAUAUUAUAAAAGAACAUGAAGAAAAACUUAAAAUAAAUAAUUUAACAGAAAAUAAUCUUCAAGAAUUGAUUAAUUAUUGUAAAAAAAUGAAUAAUUGGAAUUUAUUAAAUAAAUCAUUAGAAGAUAUUUUUUCAAAGCGUUUAAAUUUAUUAAAUAAUUUUUUAAAAGAAGAUUUUUCAAAUAAUAUUUUAAUGAAUGCAGAAUUUUUAUCAACAGCAAGUGCUACACCAAAGAGUUUUUUCGUACACGAUCCUCGUAUAACACUUGAUAAUGAUGAAAUAACAUUAGAUAUUGAUGUUAUGAAACGUUCAAUAAAAUUAUUAAGUUCUUAUGAAGAUCAUUUAUCUUUAACAAUUCAUAAAUCAUUAGAUUCAUUAUUAAAUCAAUUACAAUAUGAAUUAAAAUCAAAACAACAUGAACUUGAAACGGACGCAAAUUUUUUUAAUUUAUUCUUUAUCAUAUUUGAAUUACCAUAUCUUUCUGAUCCAUCUUUUCUUUUUGAUAUUGCUCGUUUAUUUUAUUCUAUUUUAACAAAUUUAUCUAUUGAUGCACAAGCAAAAUUUGUACGUAUUGUAUCAAAACAUACAAACAAUUUAAAUGAUUAUAUUUCACAUGUACAACAAUAUAUAACUCUGCACACUUUACGUUGGUGUAAUCAUGUACAAAUUACAUCUGAUAAUGACGAACUUCUAUCAAGUGAACCAGGUGAUGAAUUAUUCAAAGUUGACACUUGUUUAUUUUUCAGUUUCAAGAACUCUUAUAAACCAUGUGAUCAUUGA